CCCGGGGGCUUGGGGAACUCCGCCUGCGACGGGGGCGAGGAGGGGCGAGCCUACGAGUGGAUCAAGAAGCACGGCGGCAUCGCCAGCACCGAGUCCUACGGCACCUACACGGGGCAGAAUGGCUUGUGCCACUACAACCAGUCUGAGAUGCUGGCCAAGAUCACGGUUUACGUCAACGCCACCUCGGGGAACAUCACGGCGGUGAAAGCCGCCAUCUACAAGCACGGCCCCGUGGCCGUCAGCAUCGACGCCUCGCACAAGACCUUCUCCUUCUACUCCAACGGCAUCUACUACGAGCCCAAGUGCA